CUUUUACCACUUUGGUAGAUUUUUAUUUUGCCUCAAUCAGCAUUCAGGGCAGGAAAUUAAAACCCAUGCUGCCAGGUACAGUUGGGCAGGUUCUGUACUGUGCAAGGAUGCCACUUUUAAUGGCACACCAUUCACUUCAUAGACUUGUAUGUUGAUUCCAGUAAUUUUCUAACGUGAUAGAUUGUUAAGAAAGAGGUUUUUCUUCAUCUUUUUCUAGACAAAAAUGCCUUCUGUCAUAGCAAGAGUCCCACAGAAACCAUUCUAGGUACUUCAGGAAGAAAGGGAAGGGAAUUGGGUAUUCAUGAAAUCGUCGGGAGGAUGUUAGUGGUGGCAGUCUGGGUUGGAGACAUUUGAAUUCGAGUUUGCAGCCCUCGAUUGAGCUGCAGUCUCUAGAGUUCAGGAAGAUGUCAGUGCUGCUGUUGGGAGUCCCUAAACUUCACACUUGGGAAGCUCCUGAUCAGAUGCUGGUACCAGGAGCGUGGCCAGUUCACACACAGCUGCUCCCCCCGCUGGCCAGGUGCCAGCCAGGAGCUUCGGGCAGAUGGCUGAGCCAAUCUUCCCUCCAGUGCCCCAACUGCAGGGGAGGCUGGGAAAUGUGGUUCCUGGCUGGACGGUCACAUACCCAGCUGAAGCUAUGGAUAAGAAGGGGAGAUUGAAUGGGGGACCUUUCUUCGCAGUCUGUCAUACACCUGACCUGGCAAUUUUUAAAUCGACUGAAGUAUAUUAUAUGUAUAUAUGUAUAUAUAUAGCUUAAAACCUUUUCUCACACCAUGUAGAUGGGAAAGUGUGAUCACUUGCCAGAGUAGAAAAUUAACCACAAAGAUAAAUACAAUAAGACAUAGUGCUAAAUUCUCCCUGGAGAUUUUUGUCCUGUCAAGGCUCUGAGCCCCAGCCUCCUCCUGCUGCACUCCUUCCGUUAAAGAGGAACAUCAGUGUUUGAAGCAUUUGAACAUCAGGGUUUGUGGCACCAGAGGCACACUUUCACCUUGUAGGAUCUGAAAGAUGAAAAGGGGAAGGUGAUUGCCGUCUUCACUAAAUGGCGCGGUGUUAUUGCAGAUGGCUCGUGGGAACCCGGGGUCUGUGGACCGUGGAUCCUGGUUUCUACUGUCCGCCUGCUGGGGGGGCUCCCUGGCUGUUUCCUCCAUGGGCAGUUGAUGUCUGCACUCUGAGCUUCAUUUUCUUCCUGUGCAAAGAGAACUCUUUCUGUGGUGCACCGCCCGCCCCCCUCUCCCCCCACCACUGCUACCCCACCGGGCACGUAGCAAGCACUGAAUAAAUUCAACAAAUAACUUGCUGAGUACCUAUUACAUACUAAGUACUGUUCUUGGCACAGGUUGUGCGGUGGCAAAUGAAAUAGACAAGCUAAUUUCAAAUGCUGGGUUCUGAUAGAAACAACUGACAUAAUGGGGUGACGUGUCGGUGGAGCUGGGGAGCAGUAACAGGUGACCAAGGGGAGCCCCUCUGAGUAGGUGAUAUUUGAGUAGAGCUGUUUGAUGCUCUCAUGGUACUUGGUGCUGGGUGUUGGGUAUGUGGAGAUGGCUUAGGCCCAGUCUUUGCCCCUGAUGAAUUCUUCCCCACCCCAAGCCUGUGUGUGUCCAUCUGCUUCCCCUAAAACUAAAGUUCGGACUUGCUUGCUGACCAGGGGUGAGAAUACCUGAGGAAAGAGAUGGGUCUUCAGGCAUGUAGAUCUCUGUUUGAAGCACAGUUUUAGAAAUGAGACUUGAGUUCAAAUCCUCUGCCACUUUCUCAUUCUGACCCUGGGCAACUGACUGAGCUCCAAGAUCAGUAGUGAUGGGUGUGGGCCUGGAGCCAGAUCUAGCCCCUCCACUUCCCAACUCUGUAACCUUGGACAAGUUCUUUAAGGCUCUGUGCUUCCAUUUCUACGUAAAAUGGGGUUAUGAUCACUCCUCUUAAAGGUGGUGCAGAGUAUACAUUUGAGUUAAUAAAAAUAUGCAUGGUGAAUGCUCUAUAAAUAACUACUAGUUUUUAUUAUUUCUAUUUCAGAUGAGAAAGAUGAGGCUCUGGGAGGAGGAAUAGCUUAGCCCAGGUCACCCAGUCAGGAAGUGGCUUAUGAGGAUAAAUAGUGAUCGUGGUAGGGCAUCGCCUAGCUUAAGGUCCAACAUAUAAUAUUCACUCCAUACUUGGGAGCUGGGGCUAUUCCUGGCAAUCAAAGGGCUGCCUUGUUCUGCUGCCCCUCAGCACAGGAAAUUCCAAGGUGGUUUUUCCAUACUGGCUUCUCUGGUUCUGUCCCUGCGGGGGAGAGCAGAGGGGCCCAGGUCCCCAAGCCAACUCAUAAAAGAUGGAAUUGAAUAUCAACUUGCCUGUCUUAACCCCGUCUCUGUUGAGGGGGUGGCUGUUACUUGGAGUGGCCUGGGCUGCCUUGAGCCUCUCUGGGUAUUUCCUUGUGCUGGCAGCCCUCACCCUGUCCUUGAAAUGGUUCUGGCUGGGUAGCAGACUAUAGGUGGUGUGGGUGAAAUUUGGGACUGGUUUAAGGCGGGGACAAGACCCAGAACACAGGCUUCCUUGUGCUGCUGGAGAGGGAGGGCAGGAGGGAACUGGAGACCCCGUUCCUCCCUUAGGCACUCUCUUGCUUACAGUCCACGAUGGCUUGGUCCUCGGUGUUCCUUGGAGUUGUCUUGCUGUCUGCCUUCCCAGGUCCUAGUGUCGGGGGCCACCCGAUGCCCAGGCUGGCUGACUGGAAGCUGUGUGCUGACGAGGAAUGCAGCCACCCCAUCUCCAUGGCCGUGGCCCUUCAGGACUACGUGGCCCCCGACUGCCGUUUCCUGACCAUACGCCAGGGCCAAGUGGUGUAUGUCUUCUCCAAGCUGAAGGGCCGAGGGCGGCUCUUCUGGGGAGGCAGCGUUCAGGGAGAUUACUAUGGAGACGUAGCUGCUCGCCUGGGCUAUUUCCCCAGUAGCAUUGUACGCGAAGACCAGACCCUGAAGCCUGGCAAAACUGAUGUGAAGACAGAUAAAUGGGAUUUCUACUGCCAGUGAGCUCAGUCUACCGCUGUCUCUGCUGUUGUUUCUCGCUGACUUUAUGCAAAUACAUCAGCCAAGUGCAAA